CGUGUAAUACUCUCGCGUUUUGAUGACCGCAGCUAAAGCAGACAGGACACAUACACUCAUUUCGAAAUAUUAAUCGCUUUUAUGCACCCUAAACGCUUACAAUCGCGAUUCUACAGGGAAGAAAUGUGGCCGUUUCCAAAAGGCGUUUGAAAUCGGACACCGCUGGCGUUGAGGGCCUCACUCCGCGCGCGGAAGGAUACGUUGUUGCGUCUGACAAUGUGGACGGAGGAGGUGAAGAUGUCUACGAGAAGAAUGAAAUCAUCUCCUCAGUUGUAACAGGGAAAAAGGGAGGAAGACGCCAGAUUAAGCGAGUAGAAUAGAUUUGUUUGCACACAGACUCGAGACACUGGAGCACACACGUGGAGGCGGACACUUGAAGAGCAAGCUUUCCGGGACAAAGAGGGGGCAGAAAGACGUUCCACGGCGCUCCAAUGCGUCUGGUGCGCUGAGCUCGAAAUUCUCCUCAACUUUUAUGUUUUCCCCCCUCGCCGCUGUUCGCUUUUUCUUCGCCGCUCUUGGAUAGCCGAUACCCGCGGAGGAGAGGGUUUGUUAGAGACGCAAGGUUAUGACCGAGCAGCAGCAAAGAAUGGCUGCAGUGGGAACUGACAAGGAACUCAGCGACCUCCUGGAUUUCAGCGCGAUGUUCGCGCCUCCCGUAGCGAACGGCAAGAACCGAACAAUGACCCUCGCCAGCAGCCAGUUCAGCGGCUCGGCACUAGAUGAGCGCAGCAGCUCUGGAUCCUGGGGUUCGGCGGAACAGAACAGUCCUUCUUUCAGCCAAGCACGGGGCUACGCAGAAGGAUCCCACUACAGUGAACAUGAAGGCUUGGCCUCUCCUUUUAUAAGUUCGGGGAUUGCAGGUAAAAAUGAGCGGCCUUCAUACUCUCCCUUUCCAAACCAGCCUGGUUUCCUUCCAAGUGAAAUUGCAAUGCCAAGCCCAGAUGCCAUGUCCCCCUCUGGCCUGAAAUCAGGCUCCCAGUUUUACCAAUCCUACCCAAACAAUCCGCGGAGGAGGCCGCCUGAUGGAGGCUUGGACUCUCAGCCAAAGAAGAUUCGGAAACCCCCUGGCCUUCCUUCGUCGGUGUAUGCGUCCACAUCCGGUGAUGAAUACACACGAGACAACGGAGGUUAUCCGAGCGGUAAACCCGGUGCAGUCUACCCGGGCUCUUUCUACAUGCAAGAAGACCUUUGGUCAUCUACUGGCUACUCGGCCAUGCUGGGCAACUCACCUCACAUUGGCCCAGCAGGUUCCUUCUCAUCACUGAACUCGCAAGACAGGAUGAAUUAUCCGCUGCACGGCAGCGAAGUCAAUGGCUUCCAUCCCGCCCCCACCACCUACAACCACACGCCCGCCAUCAACGGAGAACCCAUCAUGGCAGGCACCCGAGCCACCACGGCAGGCAGUUCUGGGGAUGAAAUCGGAAAGGCUCUCGCCUCGAUUUAUCCGUCAGACCACAAUAGUAAUAACUUCCCCUCAGCUCCGUCUACUCCAGGGUCUCCUCAGGCUAUUGCAGGAACUCAGUCCCAGUGGCAAAGACCCACCACACCCAACUUUGAAGGGCAGCCACAUGUACUGCAAAGUAAAAUGGAGGACCGUUUGGAGGAGGCAAUCCAUGUGCUCCGGAACCAUGCUGUAGGCCAAGGCCCCGGCUUAGAUGGUGCCCACCCCGACAUCCACAGCCUUCUGUCGGCAGUACACAACGGGGGACUUGGAUCCCUCUCUCCAGCUUUCCCAAAUGCCAGCCUCGCUCUCAGCAACAGACAUCCUGCGAUGGGAGGGAAACAUGAGGAGCCCACUGGCCUCCCACCCAGCAGCACACUUCUGCACGGUCAUCACGCGUCCGGGUCCACACCGUCAGUUGGCCAGCCGGAAGGCUUCAGCGGUCUUCCCGGUGGGCUCGCACGCUCCACGCACUCCUCCAGCAGCUCGGACAUCAAAAGAGAGGAUAAGGAGGACGAUGAAAACUCGUCCUCCGCGGACAAAUCAGACGACGAAAAGAAGGAGUCCAAAGCAGCACGCAGUCGAACAAGAAAGGAGGCGUUGACCCUCCAGAUGCUCUCUAGCCUUUCAGACCCGAAAGAUGAUGUGGACAACGAAGAAGACGACGAGGACCUCCCGCCCGAGGUGAAGAUGGAGCGCGAGCGGGAACGGCGAGUGGCCAACAAUGCCCGCGAGCGCCUGCGAGUACGGGACAUCAACGAGGCCUUCAAGGAGCUCGGCAGGAUGUGCCAGCUGCAUCUCAGCCACGACAAACCUCAGACCAAACUUCUCAUCCUGCAUCAAGCCGUCAACGUCAUACUCAAUUUAGAACAACAAGUCAGAGAGCGCAACCUUAACCCCAAGGCAGCAUGUUUAAAGCGCCGUGAGGAGGAAAAGGUGUCCGGGGUGGUGGGUGAUGCGCCCAUGCAGCUCUCAGGAGGCCACCCAAGUAUUGGAGGAGAUGGCCACAAUCCAGUUGGUCACAUGUAACACCAGAUGUGGUAGUGUUUCCUUGGCUCUCAGAGGAUGUGGCCUUAACAGAUUUCUUCCACCUGUUAACUCUCAGUGGGUGUGUGUGUGCGCGUAUGUGGACAUGUCUGUGUAUUGUCCGUUCAAGUUUCAAGAUGCGCACACGCACACAUACACACACAUGCAAACUGCCAAAAUGGACACAGCCUGUUUGUCGCACUCCCAACCAUGACUACAAGCUCAAAUGUGAAGAACUUUUUUUUUUUUUGCUUUUAUAUAGUAUAUAUAUAAUUAUAUAUAUAUAUAUCUGUACAAAAACGUUGACUUUUUGGUUUCCUCAAUACGAUUUAACGCCAGAACCUUUUUUUUCUUUUUUGUCCUGCCACAAUUUGGGACUUUUGACACACUGCCGAGAGUUGCUCUGGUGAACGGGAAAAAGGAAGAAGAAACACAAAUUGAAUCAUGGAUUUGUGCCUCAAUGUUACACCAUGUUUUCUAUUUGACAUUUAAGCAAAUUGCUUUACAUGUGAGGAACAUUUAUUGUGAGGGAUUGCUUAUGUGUAUGAGCAAUUAUUUUUUAAUGUAUGUCAUUCCCAGUGUGAUGGUACAGUCUUACAUAUGUUAUGUAACCAAGCCCAUAUUUGAAUUUUUUUUUUUUUUUUUUUAAUCAGCAAUUGUUUGAGGAGGCCAUGAAAUCCAAGGUGGCCAUUUCUGGACAAUUCACAUGCAGCAUUCUUGAGGGAGAACCGCUCGUAUCCUAGAGAGCAUCUGGACACCCUGGAAUUAAGGACUCUUGAUUCUGGGAAGCAUAUGAAUUGUCACCACUUAACAGUUCUUCCUCUUUUCAUUUCUCCUUUUUUUUGGACAACAAAUUGAACUGUUAAAGCUGUUGUCGUGACUUCAGGUGUCUCUACUGCUUUGCCACUAAAGCGCACACAAACAAGACAAAGCACAGUUGUGUAAAGUGUCCAGUUGGGUGGAAAGACAAAAGAAGCCAUUUUAGGUGCUCACGGAGAGGAGGGCGCAUCUUUGAAAUGGCUCACCGACAAUACCAGCGAGUUUGAGGACUGCCCCACCCCUAAAUUGACACUCUGGAAGAAAAAAAAGAAAAAUCUGUUUUGUUUUUUUUCUAUGGAGGAAAGACAACCUUUUUGGCGUCACUGAGGCUUUCUUUUCCGGAAAUGAGCAUUCCCACUGAAUAAGCACCCCUCGCCCUCCUCCUCCGCCCCCUAGAGAGAAGUGUGACGCUUACAUUCACUCCGUACGUUACUCUUGAUGCGUUUCAUUUUUCAAAAAUCUAAAUAUAUAUAAAAAUAUAUAUUUUUUGUUAGCCUAUACAUUGUAGAUUUUUUUACGUAAAUGGCAAUAUUAGUUUGAAGUUUAGAGUGUAUUGUAGAUGAAUUUACAAGGGGAUGUUGGACACAAAUUGAAACAGGGCGGCAGAGGGAAGGCUGUUAGUUUUUAAUUCACGUUUGAGUUGAAGAAGGCUACUCGGAUGAAUUUUCUUUACCUUUUCGGGGGGGGGGGGUCACUGAGGAUAAACGUAGAGUCGGUGUGGGUGAACAGUAAAUAUGCAACUGGUUCUUUGAAUGUAGCCACCAUACUUAAUGUGGAUCGCCUUCAUUUGUCAGUGGAUUUUGUUUUUCAUUUCACCCUUCUCCCGCCCACUGAAAAACAUGUCAUGGAGGCAGAUGUCAGCCAUUUUGGCGUGAGAUGAUGGCUAACAAGGAGAACAAAUCAGUGUUAUUGUGAUGUUAUUCCCAUGUCAUGUUGUCAAAGUGUCCUACCAUAUGUAAUCACAGAUGGCGGGUAGAGUGUUUUGUUAGGUUUUUUUUGUUUUGUGUUUUGUUUUUUGUACAAGAUGAAGAAAAAGAAGACCUAUACAAAUUAACAGUGUGGCCUUUUCAUCCUCAAGACUUAACGAUGUCAUAAAGGGAGAGUGAUACCUUAUCAGUGCCUGAACUUGUAUUUUUCAUUUACGUUUGUCAACCAUAUCAUUUCAUUUAUCAUGGAGAUUAAAAGAGGUACUUGUUCAUUCCCCCACCCUCCCUUCUCCUAAAUGCUUUUUUCAAUUUUUCAGGAAGAAGUUUAAAGUUAUGUUUUUUUUUUCUUUCACUGUAUCUAGUUGAAAUAAAAUAAAGUAAAUGUUACGUAUAUCUUGUUUUAUUGAUUUUGUUUUCUAACUGGAUUCAACUCAUCCAAACUGCUGUUUCAUGGGUCCAAGUAUUUGACCAGGCAUCAACUUUUGGCGUGUGACACACAUUAACAUGCUUUUCAACAUAAGGAGUUUUUUAAAGUAGAUAUGGAGAAGCUUUCUGCAUUUUCUGUACCUUUGUGCUGACUUUCCAUGAUCAAUGCUGUUUAAACCUCUUUGUGGUGUGGGAGGUGGUUUUUUUGUUUUUAAGUAAGGUGUUACUUAUUUCAUUUAUUUUCUUGAGCAUUAUUAAAAGACAUUCAUAAGUGACGUGUGGAGGGAGGACAUGACACACUCCAGCAGGCCCCACAGACCCUCAGAGUGCCUCUCUUGAAAUAUAUAUAAAUAUAGUUGAGAACUGUUUUGUAUAUAACAGUAAUGUAGCAAUAAAUGUUCCAAUUUUAAUAUCAGAUUA